AAUACCCAAGAGAAAGUGCGAGACAAGAAGAGAGGCCACAAUGUGCGGCGGCGCCAUCCUCGCGGAGCUGAUCCCGCCGACGACGCGCGGUGCGUCGAAGCUUCCGGCCACGGGCCGUGCGUGGCCGGCGAGCUCCGAGUCCACCAAGAAGGGGGUCAAUCGUCCCAGGAGGCACCAUGCCGACGACUUCGAGGCCGCCUUCGAGGACUUCGAAGACGACUUCGACCUGCAGGCGGAGGAGGACGACGACGACGGCCAUGUCGUUUUCGCGUCCAAGCCUGCAUUCUCUCCUGCAUACGAUGAUGGUCGCGCGGUACGGUCGGCAGGCAGGAAGAAGCGCGUCAGCCGCCUCCACGGCAUCCGGCAGCGGCCAUGGGGCAAGUGGGCGGCGGAGAUCCGCGACCCGUACAAGGGCACCCGCGUCUGGCUCGGCACGUUCGACACGGCCGAGGAUGCAGCCCGGGCCUACGACGUCGCCGCCCGCCGCCUCCGCGGCAGCAAGGCCAAGGUCAACUUCCCCUCCGCUACCGGCGCGCGCCCACGCCGCUCAGCCAACCGCGGAAGCGCCCCGAAAGCGCAAUACCCUCCGGCGCAGACGAUGACAUACAACGCCACAGAAGCAUCAUACGCAAAGCCGAAGCAGGCCGCGGUCGCCGUGAAGCCCGAGCUGAUGGCUUCUUUCGACAUGGACGCCUUCUUCGAUCUGACGGCCGCCGUCGCCGUGCUUCCACCGGUCAUGGAGAGCUCCUUCGCCGACAGCCCCGUGAAGAAGCCAAUUGCCGAACAGGACUCGUCGGAGGCGAGCAGCGGCGCCGCCGCGCUGGCCUUCGCGGACGAGCUGGGGUUCGAUCCGUUCAUGUUGUUCCAGCUCCCCUGCUCGGACACGUACGAAUCCAUCGACAGCUUCUUCGCCGGCGACGCUAACAUCCAGGAUGCCACGGGCAUGAACAGCGGCAUGGACGGCGUCAGCCUCUGGAGCUUCGACGACUUCCCCAUGGACGGCGCCCUUUUCUGAAGAUGUCCGUACGAUGCACUUGAUCGGAUCUGAGGCCGAGGAACGUUAGAUGUUUGCAGAAGGCUCCUCCCACACUAUGAUGGUUGAUUGCAUCCAGAAAACGCUGCUUGAUGCACCAAACUACAACGUUCCUGGGCCAAGGAUCAUGGUUGCUUUCUUGCUCAUCAGAAUAUAUUCUACGCUUCUACAGCUGGAGUUUAUUCGUCAGACUGUGUAUCCGUACUGACGGCCGGCUGAUCAAACUGUAUUGUACUGUGUCAUGAUUUGUGCAACCCUUUCAUACUGUUGAUCAAUAGUCCUAUCAAGUGAUCAUGUCGGCGAUUCCGUCUAUUAUUGCGCUUGUGCUUGUGUGCUUGUUAACCAAAUAAGUUUGUGAUGUCGUGUAACCUACUCAUCCUGUCAUGUUGAGCUGGAUUAUAUAUGUAUGUUUGUAAGUUUCUGAAUUCA